GGCAGUGUGGUCGUACUAUCAGGAGGUAACAGAGGUUACCUUACGCUUGCUUGUUCUCCUACUCCGCCAACCAGGCUUGUGGUGCUUGACCGGGGUCGACAGCCAGUUGGGUGAGUGGGAGGAUGCCGUGUGCUGCCAGAGUACCGGGUUGUUCACCCAUCUUGUAGCAGGCAGACAACUGCUACGCCACAGACAGUCCACAGAUUGCGGCGUUUCUGUGUGUCGCCAGCUGAUAUGAAGGUCGCCUACCUGCUGCAGGUGUUGAGUGCUGCCGCCUGCCUGUGUGCGGCCGAGGACAGUGGUCCAGGAUGGCAAUGGUCAUGGGCUUGCAAAUCCGGGAGGUGCGUGAAAUCGGAGUACCCCAUAUCCUACGCUUCAAGCAGAGGUAUCUCCAACAUCACCCGGAAAUCCCAAUCGGCCUGCCGCCUCACAUGUGGGCAGUAUGGAGCCCUCUGGCCGCACCCUACAGGACCCACCACCAUCGGCGAGCAGGUUGUGGCCUUCCAUCCCAGUAUCAUCCGUUUUGACUUGCUGGAAGUUGUCGAUUCUGGCCGAGGAACAAGGGAGUACCUGGCGGCCUGUACGCAGCUGUUCCUAGACAACCUCCUGGUGGAAUGUGGAGCCAACUGUUCCGUCGUAUCCGACACAGACGUAUACGUGCGUCUUGUUACCAGGUCGCAGGAUCUCACACUCAACUGGAACACUGACGAGACGUACACACUCGACAUCGUCACUAGCUCAAGAGUGAACAGUGUAACGGUGAACAUCCGAGCGGAGACGGUGUACGGCGCUCGACAUGGCUUAGAGACGUUAAGCCAGCUCGUGGCACGGGUCCCAGCACCUCUGGGAGGAGGCGGGAGAGGACACAGUUCACCCCGUAAACAUCUGCUGAUCAUGGCCACCAACGUCAGACUUAGCGACGCUCCCAUCUUCCGCCACAGGGGACUGAUGUUAGACACGGCUCGUAACUUUCUACCCCUGUACGCCAUGAAGCGCACGCUAGACGCCAUGGCGGCGUCCAAGCUGAAUGUUCUGCAUUGGCAUGCAACGGACUCACAGAGUUUCCCGCUGGAGUCACCCCGCGUGCCCCAACUCGCAAGACGCAGGUUCGGGGCGUACUCUUCUCGCCAGGUGUACACGCCGCAGGAUGUGGCAUACCUACUGGAGUACGCGCGUCUGCGUGGAGUACGCAUCAUCAUGGAGCUGGACGCUCCAUCUCACGCUGGUAACGGUUGGCAGUGGGGCGAAGCAGCAGGAUUGGGGCAGCUGGCAGUCUGCGUGAACCAGCAGCCCUGGCGCAAGUACUGCAUACAGCCUCCAUGCGGCCAGCUCAACCCCACCAACCCUAAUCUGUACCGCGUCCUCCGGGAUCUCUAUAGAGACAUACUGGACAUCUUCCCACGGGGCGAGCCCCUGCACAUGGGCGGAGACGAGGUUUAUUUUCCUUGCUGGAAUUCUUCAGCCGAAAUCGUAAACUGGAUGGAAGCUAGGGGUCAGGGUCGCGGUCAAGCCGAUUUCCUGCAGCUGUGGGCGGAUUAUCAGUCCACUGCACUUGGAACCCUGGACGAGGAAGUGGGCCACUCCAACACGCCUAUCAUCCUUUGGUCAAGUCACCUUACAGAGCCUGGGGUCAUCGAGAGCUUCCUUAACAAGGACAGGUACAUAAUACAGACAUGGGUUCCAGCUUCUAGCAGUCUACCUGUAGAACUUCUGGCAAAGGGCUACAGGGUAAUUUACUCAACGAAAGAUACGUGGUACCUGGACCAUGGGUUCUGGGGCUCUACCGUGUACCACAAUUGGAGGGUGGUAUAUGACAACAGGAUCCCACGCAAAGCUGGUGUGCUUGGAGGCGAGGCGUGUAUGUGGUCAGAACUUGUAGACAACCAGUCUCUCGAUGCCAAGGUGUGGCCUCGAACGGCCGCCAUGGCUGAGAGGUUGUGGGCAGAUCCGGAAACCAGGAGUUCGAGUGCCGAGGCCCGCUUCUAUAGACACCGCCAGAGGCUCGUUACGAGAGGAAUCAGGGCAGACGCCGUUUCCCCUGCCUACUGUUACCAAAAUGAAGGAGAAUGUCAGUAACAUUUGUAAACUAAACAUAAUAAAUAAUAUUUUAAUUAUAAAUGUUUUCCUGGACACUGUGAUUUAGAACACUUCUAACUUACGACCAGUGGCCGGGGCGUGUUAGCACGGUAAUGAACCUUCCGGUUCCAUAAAAAUGUUGUAAGAUCUUAGGUGCUAAUAUGACAUUUUCUUUAUGAUUUGACCCCGUACAGUUCGGUAAACCGUCACCAACGUUUUAGAGGAAAAUGUCGAUUCACACUUCAAGGUAGAAGAGCAUUCUUAUUCAGGAUUUAUUAAGUAAACAAAUCUAAUGUUUCAAUGCUAAUCACACUGCACUCUACUGUAUAAGGUAAAAGGUGAAGUUUAACGAAGUACCAUACCAUGCACAUUUAUCGGUAGUGGAGGUAUAACUCCAAUUAUUCUUAAUCUUAGCACUCAAUGAAGGUGAGUGGUCAGCUUCAUGCUCCGGCUUCAGUUCGGGUAGGAAUUCCCAGUGCCCGAUGAGCAGGAGGCUGGUCUGAAAGACGUGACGAAGAAAGAAAUCCCAUGCCCCUCACCGUCCAGUCUAUAUGUAGCCCAGUCAUUACACUUGUGGCGUUCAAUUUUCACCAGAAAAUAAAAGAUGUUAACAGAUAAGAACAGAUGAAAGGUGCUGUCCUCUGCGAUGUGACGUCAUGUAGUCUGGCAGAGGAAACGGACGUUCUGAAGGAACGUAGCGCUUCAAGGUCCAAAAGAAAGUAAAGCAGCUAACAGAAUUUAGUAAAUGCUGCUCGCUGUUUGUUGCUUGCUUGAUGAUUUCGCCAAACAGAAGUUUUCCAAAACUAGUCUAUGUGAAUUCGCACUAUAAGAUUACGAAUUUCGGUCACCUACAGCGUCUUCCAUAACAGGCUGUAAACUGACACAGGAUUUGGUAUCUGUCGUUUUUAAGAACUCACUGGUUUGAGAAGAAGACAGUAAUCCGGGAAAACAAAGCAAGACUUUUUUAUUGUAGAAGAAACUAUUGUAAAUACAAAAGAGUCCCAGGCAAUGCCCAUCCAGCCUUCUGUGGUACAUUCUAAUAAACAUCUUAUUCUAC